CUAUGUACAUAUCCACUGCAGCUCAUCAGUACUCCACGAAAGCCCACUAUUUUCCCACAGCUGCCUGCUAAGCUCAUGAGGAGCUCUCAACAUAUGACGACAUAUAUAGAUAUGACUGAGACUCAUCGACGAUUGAAGCGAAGUGCGGUACUCACUUUGUAGCCGGAGCUUUUAUCCCACUUCUCUAACACAGUAGAUGAGUACAUGUAAUGGGGUAAGUAGGUAGGUAUGUAGAUGGUCUUAGUAAUGUAUGACGUUGUUCCCUCGUCGUAGUCAGUAUAUAGAUAGUCCAAGCAGUUAAUUCACAAUUACUUCCAUCUCAGCAAACACCAUCCAUCACAUCGACUUUCUACUUCAAGAUCCAACAAUAACAAAUAGUUCACAUUAAUACAUACCUUUCAAACCUACCAGCCACCAUGUCUUCUGCAUCCAAGAACGAAGGCCGCCAAUCCCCUCCCCCGCAACAGCAGAGCGGCGCCCAGCUCCACGACGCCCCUGCCUCGGGCCAGGGCACCGACAACGCCGCCAACAAGGACCAGACGAACCAAGACCAACUCAAGAACCUCACAUCAAACCCCCCGGGCCCCAUGGACGCCAGUCUGGAAGAGAAAUUCGCCAAAGGCGCACACAAACAAUAAACCCAAAAGACAAGAGAAAAAAAACCAACAAACACACAAAAUCCUCUUCAACAUGAAUGAGGGAAAGGAAUAACGCUGAUUCGCGGGAGUAGAGAGCAAUUCGGACAUAUGUUAAGUACCUAGUUAUCACGUCUCGAUGCGGGAGUACGUAACAGGAUCCAAUGAUUUGGCGUUGGAGCGGAUAUAGCCUUUUUAAUGACUGAAUGAAUGAACAUAAUUAGUUAUGGGAAAACGCUUGUUAUUUACUUCUGCUUGGAUUGAACCGUGCUGAAAAGUGAUUGGCGCGCAUGCUGUUUUCGCGAUGACUUCUAAAGCCUAUAGCAUAGAAAUGGAGUAUGCUGUAUUAAUCCCAAUUGAUUGUGUUCAGAAUAAGUUGAUACGUGCAUAAUGAGUAGGUAAUCAACAGCUCUAUCCCUCAAUCAUUGAUGUCCGAUUGUACUCUGUUA